AUAUAAAACACACACAACACACACACAUUGUACUGUACUGUAUAAACUAGUGGAGAAUCGCUACCAGUUGUAUCCUGGGGGUUCUUUUACUUCGUUGUCACAUCUGUCCACACCCGUAUUGAUGUCCGGGUGGACGGCUCCCUGAACUCUCUCACUACCACCCAACAUCACAGCCCUACAACGAUGAUGAUGAUGAUGAUGGCAAAGUAAGGAUGGCCGUCACCUAGGCAUCGGACACGAAGAACUGAUAUUUUGGUUGCUCGUCUGUCUGUUUGUCAUUUGAGACAUCGCCUUUCAAGAUGAUGGCUACACUGAAAGUCCCGCCUUUGGCUGUUCCAAGUGCCUACCUGAAGAGAGGGCCACACCUAUCAAGUUUAGACUCUUGCAGUGGAUCGGGAGAUUUAGCAAAUUCAAACAAAAACUUGAUUGACGUAAAGCAGACGACAGAAACAUUGAAACAAGCCAAUGGCAUUGGAUCGUGCCUGGACAAUAUCGCUUUUGAAAUUGAAGACGAAAUUUCCAAAAUAGAAGCCAGAAACGGUUUUGCUCCUUCUAUCAAAUCGAAGCCCAAUAAUAGUUAUUCCGAUGCCAUCGCAUCGACUUCAAAGGACGAGAUAUGCUUCACCAUCACCGGAAGCAAUAACAACGAAAGUAUAAGUAGCAGUGGCGACACCCAGCGGAAAGAACCGGACAUUUCCACAAAUGAUUCAACCAUUACAUCUCGACGGAGUAAAAAUGUUCAAAUUUUGGAUUUUGCAAACAAAAAGGAAUCACCGAAACAGAGUUACCUGAAGAGGUUCCAGCUUCACUUUAUGGUCGCCAUCACGUUUCUGUUUAUCAUCGGAAACCUGAGCGCAGUGUGGCACUUUCACGAAGAAGAAAGAUUGGCCAUCAAAAUGGGUCGGCGCAUAUCGUUCGAUACGUCCAGUCGUGUUCUUACAUUCAAAGAUGCUCCCUGGAGUUCGCUGCAGUUCAAAGGUUAUUUGGCAAACAACAUUCCAAAAGGAUGGCUGCCGCUCGUUUGUUCGGCCGACAAGAAGAACGUAUCAAAAAUGUGCAUGCGUUGGAAAGGAAUUGCCAGAGUGAAUUUGGACUACCAUCAAGUGGGGUCUCUGUCCUGUUUCAACGUGAAAUGGGAUGCUGACAACCAGAACGAAGUUCUUAGAGAUUGUUACAUCAGUAACCUUGAUUGGUUUGGGUCUUCAAACACAGGAGAUUUCCAAUGGCCCCUUCAAAAUGUCAGCUAUUCCCAUUCUCCCAAUUAUACUUUCAAUGACGUUAACACAUUCGGUCAUCUGUCGGAACAUUUUUGGCUGUCGUCAAAUGGUAUUGCUAUCCUCUUGAACGAAUCCACACCUUUUCACGUAUCUUGGAAGAAAACCAAACUGAUGGAGAUGUGUAUUAACUCCAAAUCGAAUUCGAUAUCUGCAACUGAAAACCAGAUGCUUGGUUCUUCAAACAAGAUAACUGAGAAACCAAACCCGAUUCUUCGCUACCGAAUAUGUUACGGUAGAAAUAUUAUGGACACUUAUUCUACUGUCAGGAAGUAUUUCUCGAGAAAUUCUACCAAAAAGUGGCCCAAUGUGAAAAUGUUUGAACAUCCACAUUGGAUCGCAAAGGAUGCUGGGAACGAAUUAGCAUCGAUGUCGACUGUCGUUGAUCUGGCGAGAGAAUUGACCAAAAGGAAUUUAUCCUGUUCUACAAUGGAAGUGUUUGGGAAAUGGGAGUCGGAAUAUGGUAAUUUAGAAUUUAAUGAGAUUCACUUUGGAAAUAUUUCUAAUUUGAUGAAAUUCAUGGAUCAGUCAUGUGACCUAAUGCUGCCAAUUAGACCAUAUAUUCACCAUAAUUCGCAAAGAUUUAGCGAAGGAAUUGAGAAGAACUAUUUUAUUAUGGACGCAGGUGGUCGUGUUCCGGGACUGGUGCAUUGGAGCCACGGGGUAGGGGCCAUGCUAGAUGCUUCAUACACCCCAGCUGUCGACUGGUUUAUGCAAAAACUAAAACAACUCCAACUCGAUAGUCGAAUCAGUUCCUUUCAUUUUACAUACGAUGGCAACAUGUCCCUUCCUUUCCAACCUCACUUCAAGAAAGGAUUUCAUUCCGGAGAUUUGAAUCAACGUUUCUCAGAGAUUAUGGGAGCGUUCAGUGACAAAGUGGUCGUUGAUCACGUGUCUCACUCUCAAAAUUCUUCAGUGUUUGUCGCAGUUCAGAGCGUCAUCGUCUCAAAUGAUACUUCGGUGUGUUUUACAAAUCUGAUUGAGAAAUCCUUUGUGUUGGGUAUUUUAGGAUACCCUUACAUAAUGUCGGACGGGAUAUCGUUUGGCGACGGAACGUUUGCAAACAAAAUUCCGAACGAAAUAGUCUAUCAACGAUGGCUUCAGGCUUCUAUAUUCCUCCCCGCCAUUCGGUUUUCUGUGACCCCUUGGUCUUAUUCUGAAUCUGUUGUAGAAAACAUUAAAAAAUUGCUUGCUUUUAGACAAAAGAUUGUGAUCCCGCAUUUAAUGGGAUUAAAAAAUGAUACCCUUGCUGGGGUACCUUUUAUUCGACCCAUUUGGUGGUCUUACCCAAACGAUUCCGAUUCACUCGCAAUAAAGGAUCAAUUUUUAGUGGGUGACUCUAUAUUGGUGGCGCCGUUGUUCUGCGACCAACCGUCACACAGGAACAUAUAUAUCCCAGCAGGCAUCUGGGAAGACGUUAAUAAGAAGAAAGUGGUUGACGGUCCUAUGUGGUUAGUGAAUUAUACCAUCAGUAUCACAGAAGUUCCCUAUUUCAAUAGAAUGCCACAACACAAAAAAGUCGGUUGAUAAACUUUGCUAUUUUAUCUUCAAGGGAAAUAAUGUCCACAAAACAUAAAGUAAGAUUUCGGCCAUCUUGUUUCACCGAUUCGGACAUACAAAAUAAAAGACUUAACAGAACUCUACCAAAUCUCGACAGAUAAUGAUAGUUUAAGGACCGCUUGUUAAUUAAAUGGGGUUUCUUGCUAUAGGAA